GCCGUUCGGGAGCGAGCAAGAGCUAGAAUCGGGCGGGCGGCGUGGCAACUGAAAGGUGAACCAGGGACGACAGACGUCGGGGGAGGCCAGCCGGGGACGAAAGACGUCGGGAGAGGUCAGCCGGGGACGACAGACGUCGGGGGAGGUCAGCCAGGGACGACAGACGUCGGGGGAGGCCAGCCGGGGACGACAGGCGUUGGGAGAGGUCGGCCAGGGACGACAGACAUCAGGAAAGGUCAGCCAGGGACGACAGACGUCGAGGGAGGUCAGCCAGGGACGACAGGCGUUGGGAGAGGCCAGCCGGGGACGACAGACGUCGAGGGAGGUCAGCCAGGGACGACAGACGUUAGAAGAGGUCAGCCAGGGACGACAGACGUCGGGGGAAGUCAGCCAGGGACGACAGACGUCGGGAGAGGUCAGCCAGGGACGACAGACGUCGGGAGAGGCGGAGCUGGGAGAGCGUCUCGGGACUCCGCAGAGUCGCCUGGAGUCCGUGGAGGCAGCCGUCAUGGCGGGAUUCGCGCAUCUUACCCCGGAGAGUCCCCUGUUCCGGGCGUACCUCUUCUGGUCGGCCCUGCUCGUCGUCAAGACAACCACGAUGUCCUUUCUCACCUCCAGACAUCGCAGAGCAAAGGGCGUCUGCUCCAACCCGGAGGACGCUAAGAGCAGAGGCGCAAAGAUAAUCUUCGACGACCCGGACGUGGAGCGCGUGCGCCGCGCCCACCGCAACGACCUGGAGAACAUCUUGCCGUUCUUGAUCCUGUGCCCGAUCUACCUGGCCACC